CUCCGCCAUCGACGUGCCACAGCUCAGUCUCUCAUCUCUCUCCUCCUCUGUAGCUCUGCUUAAGUGCUACCUGCCAAUCUCGAUAACAAAGCCUCUGCAACCAAUUCAGACCAUGUCACUCCCUCAAACUCAAGGGGAUACCAUCCUAGAUGCUUGGGACUAUAAAGGGCGUCCAGCCGAGAGGUCCAGGACUGGUGGCUGGAUGAGUGCAGCCAUGAUUCUAGGGGUUGAGGCUUGUGAGAGAUUAACCACGCUUGGUAUUGCGGUUAAUCUGGUGACGUACUUGACGGGUACUAUGCAUUUAGGCAAUGCAAGCUCUGCCAAUACAGUCACCAACUUCCUUGGCACCUCCUUCAUGCUCUGCCUGCUCGGUGGUUUUGUGGCUGACACCUUUCUGGGCAGGUACCUCACCAUCGCCAUCUUUGCCACAGUUCAAGCGACUGGUGUUACAAUCUUGACAAUCUCAACUACAAUCCCCAGCCUCCGGCCACCCAAAUGUGCCAUGGAAACCGGCCCAUUGUGCACUCCAGCAAGUGGCAUGCAGCUGGUUGUUCUCUAUCUAGCACUGUAUCUGACCGCCCUGGGAACCGGGGGUCUAAAAUCGAGUGUUUCCGGCUUUGGGUCUGAUCAAUUUGAUGAUUCGAACAAGGAGGAGAGAAACCAGAUGACAAACUUCUUCAACUGGUUCUUCUUCUUUAUAAGCAUAGGAUCACUGGCUGCAGUCACCAUUCUUGUAUACAUACAAGACAACCUGGGAAGGAAAUGGGGUUAUGGAAUUUGCGCAUGUGCAAUUGCGAUUGGCCUAGUGGUGUUUUUAUCAGGCACUAGAAAAUACAGGUUCAAGAAACUCGUUGGUAGCCCAUUAACACAGAUCGCCACAGUGUUUGUAGCUGCUUGGAAGAAAAGAAAUCUGGAAUUGCCAACAGAUUCGUCGUUUCUUUUCGAUAUCGAUUAUGCUGCAGCUGAAGGGCAAAAGAAGAAGAAGCAGAGGUUACCUCAUAGCAAGCAGUUCCGUUUCCUUGACCGGGCUGCAAUCAAGGAUCCUCAGAUGGGUAAUGGCAUUAAUGCUGUGGUGAACAAAUGGCAACUAUCAACCCUAACUGAUGUGGAAGAAGUGAAAUUGGUACUUCGGAUGCUCCCCACCUGGGCAACUACUAUCUUGUUCUGGACAGUCUAUGCUCAAAUGACCACAUUUUCUGUGUCUCAGGCUACCACCAUGGACCGGCACAUAGGCAAAUCAUUCCAAAUCCCACCUGCAUCACUAACAGUUUUCUUUGUUGGAGCCAUUCUAUUGACUGUUCCAGUGUAUGACAGGAUAUUGGUCCCAAUAGCAGCGAGGAUACUUAAGAACCCCCAAGGGCUGACCCCUUUGCAACGUAUUGGUGUUGGCCUAGUCCUCUCAAUAUUAGCAAUGGUAGCAGCAGCACUGACUGAACUCAAGCGGUUGCAUGUUGCUCGAUCCCAUGGUUUGAUAGAUGAUCCCACUGCAGUUGUCCCAUUAGGUGUGUUUUGGCUAGUGCCCCAGUUCUUAUUGGUGGGUGCGGGUGAGGCCUUCACUUAUAUUGGGCAGCUUGAUUUCUUCCUUAGGGAGUGUCCUAAAGGGAUGAAGACCAUGAGUACAGGGCUGUUUUUGAGCACACUUUCAUUAGGGUUUUUCUUGAGCUCCCUCCUGGUUUCCAUAGUGCACAAGUUGACUGGGGACAGAAAGCCAUGGCUAGCUGAUAAUCUUAACCAGGGAAAGCUCUACAAUUUCUACUGGCUUCUGGCAAUUUUGAGUGUCUUCAACUUGGGAUUCUACUUAAUUGGUGCUAAAUGGUAUGUGUACAAGGACAAGAGGCUUGCCGAUGAGGGAAUUGAAUUGGAGGACGUUGGCCCUACUUGUCACUAAAGGGUUUUCUUCUUUCUCUAGUAUGGUCAAGUUUUUCUGGCUGAUCUGCUUUUCCUAAGCAUCUGCAGAAAGAAAAAAAAUUAUGUCACAAUAAUAAAUACGCCAUAGAAGCGAUUCAGAGCAGCAGAUGGGAAAGCAAAAUGAUUUCCCCCUGUCCCUUUUUUUUUUUUUUUUUCAGUUUGAUUUUGUAUUUUAGUUUUGCUGUUACCAAGGUUGUAAUCCCUUCUGUACAAAAGAAUGGAAAAGGGGACUCAAUGUGAACAUGAUGAUAGUCUCUUGAGUUUGCAUUUGCACAUAAAUAAAUAAAGAAAUGUAGUGUUCCUCAUCA